AUUCUGGGAUCUGAGAACAGCCAUUCUCCAUCUUGCUUUUUUACGGCAAAAGAUAAAUGGUACCAUGCAGAUACAUGUUUAGGUUGUUAUUAAACCAUUUAUUUUCAAAUAAGAGUUUCGUCUUCAAUAUUGUCAUGCAGUCUGGGCUGAUUCCUUGAGUGUGCGUUUUUGUGGCGUGUUUGAAAGACUUUCAGGUGCUUGCACUCGUGUAUCCGAUGCUUUAGGGGUGUCGGGUCUUUGGUGACUGCUACUGAACUCUACCGGCGUUUGAAAUGGGUCGUUCACGGAGCCGCAGCUCCUCCCGCUCCAAGCACUCAAAAAGCAGCAAGCAUAAUAAAAAGCGAAGCCGCUCUCGAUCAAGGUCCCGGGACAAAGAGAAGAAGAUGCGCUCGAAGUCCCGAGAGGCCAAAAGAAGUCGCAGGAGAGAAUCGCGCUCUCGGUCCAGAUCAAACACGGCCACGUCUCGUCGUGAAAAGGACAGACCCGUCACGCUGCCGGAGAAAAUCGAUAUUUUCGGGAGGGCGUUAAGUAAGAGGAGUGCUGUAGACGAAAAACAGAAGAAAGAGGAAGAAGAGAAGAAAGUCGAAAUGGAAAGACAGAGGAGAAUUCGACAGCUGGAGAUAGAGGAGCGUCUGAUUGAGGAGGAGACGGCACGGCGCGUAGAGGAACUUGUAGCCAAACGCGUGGAGGAGGAACUGGAAAAGCGAAAGGAUGAGAUUGAAAGAGAAGUGUUGCGACGGGUGGAGGAGGCCAAGCGCAUCAUGGAGAAACAGUUGCUAGAGGAGCUGGAGAGACAGAGACAAGCAGAACUGGCUGCUCAGAAAGCUCGGGAGGAGGAAGAGAAAUCAAAGCGUGAAGAACUGGAAAAGAUUCUGGUGGAGAACAAUCGCAAGAUAGCCGACGCUCAAGCUAAACUGGCAGAGGACCAACUACGAAUAGUUGAAGAGCAGAGGAAAAUACAUGAGGAGCGUAUGAAGCUGGAACAAGAGCGACAGAAACAACAGAAAGAAGAACAGAAGAUCAUUUUGGGGAAAGGGAAGUCGAGGCCUAAACUGUCUUUCUCUUUAAAGGCAUCUGAGUGAUGAAAACAAUGUGGCCAGGAUUACUCCAGACUUUCUCCAGACCACUUCUCCAUGUGAGGCAUUUGAUCUGCAACACAAGUUGUUCUUCGUAGGUCUCAUGUGGUGUGUUUCAAAUUCUAAGAACAAUGGGAACAAUCAGUUUGUCAAAUACCCUUCAGUCUUUUUUCCUCUUUCACCUGUCUGUUUUGUAUUACUGACUCUUGUAUAGAUAACCACCACUCGUCCUCCAGGUAAUCUCUGCAAACUCAUUUGGCGAAUAGUACGAGUAGGGUUAAAAAAAAUGUCUGGGCUGACCUGCUCAUCCAAAUAUACGUCACGGUUUUAAGUUUCAAUAAUUCAAGACCUCAACAGAUUCUCCUAGCUGAUUUGAUUGAAGUAUUUUUUUUAAGUAAGUUUAUUCAUAGUAUAAAGUAAUUCGAAUGAAAGUUUGACUGGGAAAUAGCUUGAAGUCCAUCAUAUUUGAAUAGCACAGAACUAGGCCAGAGUUAAAUGGUAAUCAGUCCGACCAAGAAGUUUCAUAAAACAAGAGUAAACUCCUUUUAUCAUUUUUUACUUCCACAUUAAUAAUUGUACAUUCAAGACUUGAUGCUGUAAUAAAGGGUACCUGGUUGUUGCAUGUCAGUGAGCUGUGCAUAUGUUAGUGAUGAGAUAGUUUUAGAAGUGAUGGAGUGAAAGGUUGCUGAUUGGCCAGAAUUUGUGUUUGUGGUUUAAUAUUUGACCCACUUAUCAAGGAUAUGUCAAGAAUCUCCAAUAAAUCCAUGAAAACGU